AUGGAGAGGAAAAACCAUACAACACCUGUUGCAACCAUGGAAUUCCUGCUUCUGGGAUUCUCUGACCUCCUCCAUCUGCAGACCCUCCUCUUCUUCAUCUUCUUAGUUGUACAUUUGGCCACACUUGCAGGAAACCUUCUCAUCCUUCUAGCAGUAGCUUCCGAACGAUGCCGCCCUCCAAUGCUUCUUUUCCUUUUCCAGCUCUCUGCUAUUGAGCUCUGCUACACCCUUAUCAUUGCCCCCAGGAUGCUGGUGGGCCUCACCAAUCCCAAAAGAAAUGUCAUCUCCUUUAUAGGCUGUGCUACUCAAAUGCAUUUCUUUGUGGCUCUGGGAGGAGCUGAAUGCUUUCUCCUCGCAGCUAUGUCCUAUGAUCGGUAUAUGGCCAUCUGCCGGCCCCUGCAUUAUGUGGUAGUGAUGAACCAAGGCUUCUGCCUUCAGCUUGCCAUCUUCUGCUGCCUUGGUGGCUUUGCAGUCUCAUUGGGCCUGACAGCAGCGGUCUUCUGCCAGCCUUUCUGUGCUUCCCACCAUAUUGAUCAUUUCUUUUGCGAUGUGCCUGCUUUACUACACUUGGCUUGCACUGAGAGCUACACCAGUGAACUACCACUUCUUGCAGCUUGCAUCCUCAUUCUCCUGCUCCCCUUCCUCCUUAUCCUUACCUCCUACAUCUGCAUCACAUUGGCUGUGUUGCAGAUCCGUGACUCUGCUGGCCGAGGCAAAGCCUUUUCGACUUGUGCUUCUCACCUGAUCGUUACUCUUUUACAUUAUGGCUGUGCCACCUUUGUAUACAUCCGACCCAAGUCUACAUAUUCACCAGGAAGGGACAAGAUAGUAAGUCUUCUUUACACCAGCAUCACUCCCUUGCUUUAUCCCUUGAUUUACAGUCUCCGGAACAAAGAAAUCAAAGGAGCUGUGAGAAAACUUCUGCGAAAAAGAUUAGCUCAGCUGAACUGGCGUGCCUUUAAGAUCAGGUCUGAACAAUUUCUGAACUAUUGA